GAUAAAAUAUGUAUGAUCAAAUAAGAUUUAGUCAUUAUAUGCAUGUGCUCAGCAGUAGGCAUUGUCGGUUAGGCGCACGAAUAAAUAGAUUUGAAAGUGGAUUUCUGUGCCGGACGGUUUUGUUUUUCAUAAUCACAAGUAGUUUUACUAGUUGCGCUUACAUUCUGGGAAAGACUAUUGCUCAAGAGUACCAUUCAAAGAAAGAAAGCACAUUAGCAUGCUUUACUCAAUGUACUGUUAUUUAUCGAAUAUUCCACGUUGGCAUGCACUGGCCUUUGCUUUGGGCUCCUAUGUAGUCUACUAUUUUAUACAAGUUGUUAAGCGUCCCAUACUAGCUUGUGCUGAUGGGCCGUUCAAGGAGUUCCUACAGCGCAAUGUACCAACAUUGGAAAUGAAAUUUUGGCCCACAUUUUGGUGUGUCGAAAGUCGAGCACAAACCGUUUUCGCCAGCAUACUGCGUUCACAAAUCAUACCUAACCUCAAUUAUAGAAGAGAAAUCCUCACAUUGAAGGAUGGCGGCGAAGUCGCUUUGGAUUGGCUGGAGGAGAAUUGUGGCGAUGAUGCGCCAUGCAUAAUUAUACUGCCCGGUCUGACGGGUGAAUCGCAAGCGGAGUACAUUAAAUGUCUUGUGAUUGCAGCGAAUAAUGCCGGUAUGCGUGUAGUGGUAUUUAAUAAUCGCGGUUUAGGCGGCAUUGAACUGAAAACCCCGCGUCUUUAUUGCGCCUCCAAUUGUGAAGAUCUCUCCGAGGUGGUGCAUCAUGUGCGAAAAAAUUUAGCCGCGCAUUGUAAGCUGGGCGCUGCCGGUAUUUCUAUGGGUGGCUUGAUUUUAGGAAACUACUUGGUCCGGAAGAGUGAUGAGGCACGGAAAUGCCUAUCGGCGGCUAAAAUCAUAUCAGCGCCUUGGGAUGUUCACAAAGGUACCGCUAAUAUAGAGAAGCCAAUACUGAACAGCUUACUUGGCCGUCAUUUAGCCAGCAGUCUUUGUCGUACUCUUGAUAAUUGCAAAAUUUAUAAGGAUCAGGAUAUCGAUUUGGAUCGCAUUAUGUCGUGCAAAACCAUAAAAGAGUUCGAUGCGCUUUUCACCUCAAAACAAUUCGGUUACGCCCAUGUCGAUGAUUAUUACAGCGAUGCCACACUACACAAUAAAUUGCAUUACAUUUCGGUGCCUUUGUUGUGUUUGAGUGCUGCCGAUGAUCCAUUUCAGCCAUUAGAUGCUCUACCCAUCAAAGCCGCUGAGGAAUGCACACACGUAGCAAUUGUGGUCACUGCGCGUGGCGGUCAUAUUGGCUUCCUAGAAGGCUGGUGGCCAUCUCCCAAGGAACAGUAUAUGGGACGUCUCUUCACGGAAUUCUUCACGAAAGCGCUCUUCGAUGAGGAUGGUCACUUUGAACGUACACGAAAUGAGUUGCAUCAACGUUUUGAUGAUAAAAAAAUAUCCCCCCUUCAAGCACCCAUACCACAGGCCAUUUCGAAGGUGACUACACCGUUAUUGAGCACCGAAGAGUUGGUGGAGAAAUUCAUGGAGAUGUAGUUGGAGCAUUUAUUGUUGGUCGAGGAGUUUAAGGCCGGAGGAAAAUGCAAUGUACCUUAGCUAUCGUUGAGCUAACAAGUGAUACUCAUACACACACAUACGUAUGUGCAUACAUAUGUAAACACAUAAUUAGCGAAUGAUUUGCACCAAAAUUAAAUGUGAUUAAAUGAAAAGAGACAUAUUCUAAAUUAAAUACAUACAUAUAUACAUAUACGCAUAGAUAUAUUGUAGCUAAUAUUAAAACGUGUUCUUUCUUUGUUAAAAUUAUACUGUAAUAAUUUAGCGGUAAAAUUCUAAGUUGUAGUUUUAAAUAAAUAAAUAUAAUAACUCUAAAUAUCAGAUUUAAAAAAAUAAUACACAUUAAUAAUUUAAUAAUGUUAUUAAAACCAAUAAUAUUAUACAUAAAUAUUUAGUAAAAUAAUUUUUAAAGUUAAAAAAAAAUUCUUUAAACUAACGGCAAUAUAUACUAUUUACACAUCAGAUAUCUAAUAUCACAGUCGGUGAUAUGUUUAAAAAAAAUUUGUUUGGAAUUGUGAAAAA